AUGGCCACGGAGCAAACAGGUAGCAGGAAGCGGAAAGCGCCCGCCAUCGAGGGGGCCGCUGCGAGCUCGUCGUCCCAGGGCUGGGUGGCGGCGGCUGGAGAGGGCCCGCUGUUGCUGCCCAAGAAGCAGAAGCGGCCGGUCACGCGGCGCUCGCUGGUGCCCUACCUGAUGGGCCGCGAGGUGGGCGCGCGGGGCCGCGCGGGGUUCCGGGGCUUCGAGGGCAGACUGCGCGGCUACGCGGUGCACAAGCUGCCCGAGCUGCUGCGGGAGCGCGAGCUGGCCCUGGGCACCCUCAACAAGGUGUUCGCGUCGCAGUGGCUGAACGCCAGGCAGGUGGUGUGCGGCACCAAGUGCAACACGCUCUUCGUGGUGGAUGUGCAGUCGGGCCAGAUCACGCGCAUCCCGCUCUUGCAUCGGAAACCCGAGCCGCCUCGGGCCCAGCCAAGCUGUGGCAUCCACGCCAUCGAGCUGAAUCCCUCCAAGACGCUUCUGGCCACCGGGGGCGAGAACCCCAACAGCCUGGCUGUCUACCAGCUGCCCACCCUGGACCCCUUGUGCCUGGGCGACCGCCAUGGCCACAGGGACUGGAUCUUCGCCAUCGCCUGGAUGAGCGACACUGUGGCUGUGAGCGGGUCCCGCGACGGCACUGUGGCUUUGUGGAGAAUGGAUCCCUACAGGAUCAAUGGCAGCAAAGCCUGGCACAGUGACGAACAGCUCCCCGUGUACGCCCACAUCCGUCCGAGGGACAUGGAGACCAUCCCCAGGUCCAGCACCAACCCCAGUAACCGAAAGGUGCGGGCCCUGGCCUUUAAUCAUAAGAACCAGGAGCUGGGAGCAGUGUCCCUAGAUGGCUACUUCCACCUGUGGAAAGCCCGCAGCACCCUGUCCAGGAUGCUGACCAUCAGGCUGCCCUACUGCAGAGAGAACGUGUGCCUGACCUACUGUGAUGAGUUGUCCCUCUAUGCGGUGGGCUCCCAGUCCCACGUCUCCUUUGUGGAUCCGCGCCAGCGCCAGCAGAAUAUCAGGCCCCUGUGUUCCCGAGAGGGCGGCACUGGUGUGCGCUCCCUGAGCUUCUACCAGCACAUCGUCACCGUGGGCACAGGCCAUGGCUCCCUGCUCUUCUAUGACACCCGUGCCCAGAAGUUCCUGGAGGAGAAAGCCUCUGCCGUCUUGGACUCCACCAGGGAGCCUACAGGGAGGAAGCUGAGGCUCACGUGUGGCAGAGGCUGGCUCAAUCACAAUGACUUGUGGGUGAACUUCGGUGGCAUGAAUGAGUUCCCCAAUGCUCUCUACACCCACUGCUACAACUGGCCUGAGAUGAAGCUCUUUGUGGCUGGGGGGCCUCUCCCUUCAGGCCUCCACGGGAACUAUGCAGGCCUCUGGAGCUAA